CGGAUGGAUACGAACCCGACUUGUGUUAUGCCAGGUGAUGUGACAAUUGUAAUCUUCGUGUACGAUGGUCCUAAGGCACUACGUACGUUACCGUUCUACGUGAGCUCUACACUGCCGUAAUACUCGCUCAUUUCAAGUCUUUUGUUUUCCUCGUAGGUCCCACCGCCAUUCAUCAAUGAUAGGAAGUCCUCCUCACUGUCGAUAGAACGGUGGUGGAGGCUUACCCUGUGGAAGGUGAAGUAACUCAUAUCCUAUCCUAACAGGGCAUAAGACCACUACACCUUAGUAGUUUCUGCAAGUGUUUCUAUUAAGACCAGAACUGAACAUCAUAAGUUCUAAUUUGUAGAUGAUAGAUAGGAUGUUUCUAAGAUUCUAAGGCCGACAAGAUUAUACCCUAUAGUUCUAAUACUCGCUUCGACGUUGCGUCCGUGAAUUCCGACAGCAAUGUGAUGUCAACGCUUUGGAGAAGUGCAUCGACGACUGCAAACAGCCUUUUGCAGACGAGUGCGAUCGACAUCAGUGUGUGGUGGAUUGUGCGAAGCUAAGAAUGGAUUGUGGAAGUUUUGCGGAUUGUUGUAAGUGAAUGAUGUGGGAACAAAGGUUUUAUUAUUAAAUAGUUAAUUCUAGUAGAUCUGCUUCGCUCGUCUUAUUCCUGUUAUGGUACUUCAUAGUCGCAUUCUAGAUCCCUUCAAGAGGACUUAGUAGGUACUCGUUAGAAGUGCAUUGAUGUGCAGGAUCCCUAACCCAACCUACCUUAACCUAAUCUACAGAGUUAGUGCCCUUGCUUCACGCCCAACUCUGUAGAUUAGGUUAAGGUACUAACAACCAAGCAAGGGUACUACCAACAAUGUGUGUUGGUUGUGCUACGUCUACUAAGCCAAUGCAUAUUUCUCAUUUAUUCCUUACUCUUACCGAUUCUCGAAUAUUCAAGUUUCCAGGUUUUAUCUACUUAACCCAAUCUACAGAGUUAGUGCCCUUGCUUCACGCUCUAAAGUAAGAAGACGAGAAUCCGGAAUGCCUCACGGCAUUUCUCGACACGUGUGAAGAGCUGAACGCAAAAACCGUGGAAGUCCAGAUUCAGGAGUUUGAAUUUGACGUAUUUACAGACUUUAGUCAAUAUGCCAAGACAGAUCCUAUCGUCAUCCAUCUCGAGUUUUGUCUCACCUCCAAUUUUUCAGCAUUUCGUAUUAAUUUCAACCCCGACGUAACUCGGAGACGACUAAGGGAGUACUAAAGCAAUUCAUGUUCAGCCCGUUUCAUCCACAACGGCUCCACCAGCAGGUUCUUCUUAUAUCCCCAAUUUUUCAUGCCAUGUCAUUCCUCGAAGCUCUGGCACUUUCCUCAAGGUUACAGACAAUUCAUAGCCAACCACAUUCUUCGUUCAGCCCGUGCUGUCUACGACGGCCCCCCCAGCAGGAUUGGGGGACGAUAGCGGUCUCGCGCCGAUCCUUCCAGCACAAGUGGACUACCAGUGCAACGUCGUCUGUGGCCUCUGUGCAUCGAAGUUCUCGCGAGUUUCGACUUAA